AUGCGUUACAAUACCAUCGAAAAUAAUUCUGGAAAAAAAUUUACUUGGCAAGAAUUAGCCAAGCAUAAUAAACAUGAUGAUGCAUAUGUUGCCGUCCGUGGUAAAGUAUAUGACAUCACAAAUUUUAUAGAACGUCAUCCAGGAGGCGAUGAUAUUUUGUUAUUGGCUGCUGGAAGGGAUAUUACCCAG